UAGCUAGCAUUAGGCUACUAUUGACCUCCUGACAACUCAGAAGGAGGAGCAUUUGCUUCCAGACAGUGGUUGACCGCAGGCAAUGAUCUAGUCAUGUCGGAUAAAAAUGAUAUUGAAACUCCAGUGGUAACUGAAGCAACCUCCAUCCUUGAAGAUGAGAAGUAUGAGCCAGCCAAGAGUUCUGAGUCUGCUGACCAAAGUGUUGAGCCAGAGGAUAAAUCGGAACCUGUAGUUUUCACUCGGAAAAGACCAGAAUCCAAACCUUCCAUCGAUCUUGAGACUUCAGAAGUUCUCCCUGUUGAGGCAUCACAGGCUGCAGGCAAAGAGACUGUUUGCAAAGAUGUACCUCAGACUGGAUGGGGAUAUUGGGGCAGCUGGGGCAAAUCCUUACUCUCUUCAGCCUCAGCUACAGUAGCUACAGUAGGCCAGGGUAUUUCAAAUGUCAUUGAGAAGGCAGAGACUUCUCUUGGAAUUCCUAGUCCCAGUGAAAUUUCAACGGAAGUCCAGUGUGCAACAGGACAGACAAAUGCCAAAGACAAUGCAAACUCCUCCCCGUUGACUGGGCCAUUUGGUGUAUUCUCAACCAUCUCUACUGCUGUUCAGACCACAGGAAAGAGCGUAAUCAGUGGGGGUUUGGAUGCCUUAGAAUUCAUUGGGAAAAAGACAAUGGAUGUAAUAGCAGAAGGGGAUCCUGGAUUUAAAAGAACGAAGGGUCUGAUGAACCGGAAUUCUACACUGUCUCAGGUUUUACGAGAGGCAAAGGAGAAAGAAGAGCUAUGGACCUCCAAUGAGGUUGCCUUGGAAACAGACAAGAAAACUCAUUAUGGGCUACUCUUUGAUGAAUUUCAAGGCCUUUCGCAUCUGGAAGCUCUGGAGAUGCUUUCCCGAGAAAGUGAGAUGAAGGUGAAAUCUAUUCUUAAUUCUCUGAGUGGAGAAGAAUUAGAGACUCUAAAACAUGAGUUGGAGCAACUCAAGGAAGCAUGUUCCCUAGCAGAGUUCUGUGAGGAAGAGGAAGAAGAGAAAAAAGGGGAUGAAGACUUUACCAAAGAGAUAACAGAGCUAUUUUCCCAGCUUCAUGUCUCCUCCAAACCUGAGAAGCUUACCAGGGCAAGAAAUAAUGCCUAUGAAUGGAUGAGUGCAUCUCUGGCCAAGCCAUUAGAAGAGAAGGAAGAAGGAGAAAAACAGUUGGAAACAGAAAAAACUGAGCAAAUCAGUAAAAAUUCAAUAGAGGAUAUCCAUGCAUUUGCUAUCCGGAGCCUAGCAGAAUUGACUGCCUGCUCAAUUGAACUGUUUCACAAAACAGCGGCUCUGGUUCUGCAUGGCCAGAAGCAGGAAGUGACAGCCUUAGAAAGGAGCAGAGCCCUUUCCCAGAUGACAGUUGUACUGUGUAAGGAGUUGUCUUCUCUGUCUAAAGAGUUCACCACCUGCCUAACAACUGCCGGGGUCCAAGAAAAGGCAGACAUCCUUAAUCCCCUAAUCACUGCUGUAUUUCUAGAGGCAUCAAACAGUGCUUCCUAUAUUCAGGAUGCCUUUCAGCUGCUCUUACCUGUGCUGGAGAUCUCUCUCAUUGAGAACAAGACCGAAUUACCAGAGGCAUGAGCUGCAGGCUCAGGACCUUCGUCAGAACGUUGAAGAACAGAGAAGACUCAACCCAAAACUUGUAAUGGCCAAGAAUGCCACUCUCUCUUGGGUACCCCUGAAAAAGCGAAAGAGAAAGGAUUAUUUUUAGUGUAUAGGACUUUGGCAGAAAAGCAAGUAUUCAAAGGUUUGCUGCCUUCCCUGCUUGGCUGAAGUAUUCAGGUCUUCACACUGCUCUUCCGAGCUGUUACAAUUAUUAAAUUAUUUGAAAAUAAACUUUUAUAGAAAGUUUAAGAAUGAUAGCUCUAGAUAAAGGUUAAUGGAAUAUUCAGGCAAAAAUAUUGGUCUUUCUUGGACAUGAUGCGAAACACUAAUAGUUUUGUCAUGGUUAUAUAUGAUUUUGCAGCCCACGGAUAUAAUUGGUUUGAAGCAAGAGAAAGAACAAUUUAGUAUUCUAGAAUUCAUGUGCUCGAUCUAUUAAUGCCAUGUCCUUUCUCCUUUCUAUAAUAAAAUCUGUGGCUUUGAGAAAACGGUAUAUAGAAACUGUAAUGAUCACCUUUAAUUGCCUAAAUUCUUGGAAUUUGUUAGGAAGUUUCACGUGCUCUUGAAUUCUCAGUAGGUAUUUGGUACUGAGGAAAUGUACUUGAAGCCACAUGAAUUAACUACAGCAAAGUGCCCUUUGGCUUCAAAUUGUUCUCCUACCCUGAGGUGACAGGCUUCAGUUAUAAUUGAGCCCCACUCGCCUGGGUUCCAGACCAAUAAGUGCACCUUAGAGAAACAGUUUCGUGUUUGCAGGGAUCGGUAUUCCGAGUCCCUCCAGGAUGUUUCUCACGCACACGUUAUGUGCAGGAGAAAUUCUGUAAUGCCAGCUCCAAAGGAGUAUGGAAGUUCUUUCAGUAAUGGGGUUUUCAUUAUUUGAACAUUGCUGAAGGGGACUAUACAGUCCCAUAGAGAUGAUGUUCAUUUAUAACAGGAUUUAACCUGUACGACACAAUUUGGUUUUCUUUAAUCUUUUUUGUUUUGUUUUAAUGUGUUCCUUAGCAUGUUUAUAAAUACAGCUUUUAUCCUUCAGAUCUUAAGCCUUCUUUUGCUCUCUUCAACAAUGUAAGAGGCUAAUACGGUGUUAUCUUCCUAAAAGUUAUUUGGUGUCCACUCUUUUUAAAAAAGAAGUCUCCAGCUUUGUGGUUGGAGGUAAUUUUUCUGAGUGCUACUGCUCAUCUUCUAAAACCUUUAAAUAAAAUAACUGUGUUGGUCAGUCAUUUCACUUUUCCAUACAUGAGCCCCAGUAUCUUUUUCAAACCAAAGAAAUAGCAAAGCAAAGCUCUUAUUAGCGCUUGAUCUAAUUAGAGUUGACUGAUCUCAACACUGUUUCUGUAUAAUCGCUGUAUUUGGGGGUAGGAGGCAGGUUGUAAGUGAGGAGGAAAUAGACUUGAGCUAAAAAGUUACACCAACAGCACUAAGAUUUUACUGUGCUUAUAUUCUGUUCUAACAUGAUCAGAAAAGUUUUUGAACAUUCCUUUUUUUAGAUAAAUUUCACCCUUCCCAAAUGUAAUGCUGAAAUUUCAGAAAAACAAAACAAAAAACAGUUGCCUGCAGCUAAUAAAGCUGGUGUUCCCAGUCCUGGUUUGUUGCCUCAAGCCCAGUUGCUGUGUCUGAACCUGGAUCCUCUGAGUAGGGUAUUCCUUGAGCGAGGUUUAGGAAAUGGCCACACUGCCAACCACCCAUCCGUACUCUUGUACAAUGGCAGUUUACAGUUUUUACUUCCCAGUCUAGAAACCUAGCUAAGGAUUUUCUUUCAAGAAGAGAGAUACAGAUACGGGGGACAGAGCAGUGACUCUUUGUAUGUGCAUAUCCUGAUUUUGACCAGUUUUAGAUUAGACCUUCCAAAAGGCAGAUGUGACUAUUUGCCUCUUUUUUCUUACUUAUCCCUUUCAUCAGCUUCCCCCACCCACCCAAAUGUUUUUUAAUGGAUUUAGGGGACCAUCGGUGAAACAGUGAUGAAAGGACCAAUUAAUUCUGAGUAACAAUUGCCUUUCACCUGAAAUAUAAUGAGAAAGAAUGAAAGUUCAUUGAUUGAGUACAGACAGAAAAAUAAGAGCAUAAAAAUUCAUUGGCAGGUGAAAAGGUAAAUUCAGGGGAUACUUUGGAACCUAUUGGAUUAUGGGGAUGAUUAUUGGAUGGUGUGUGCUUCAUUAUUCUGUGAUGAUACGUAGUCUCUUGGUGCUAUUUCUUUUAAGUUCUUUGGUGUCUAAGGUUCACUGCUGUGUCUUUAUAUGUGCUAUGCUCCCUCCUUCCCAAUUCACUGAACACCGAUGUGUAGUUAUUACUGGGGUAAAGUGCUUCUUUUCCUAGUAUUGGGAUCUUUAAAGUCUAGGAUUAAAAGAGACUUCAUUAAUUUGGUCCAAAAGAAAUGAAACGUCUACCAACCAAUUCUUGUUUUUUCUUUAUAUAAUACCUUGCAGAUGUGUUAACGAUAAGUUAUAUUUACCUUA